UUAACAAAAAUUUAACUCUACACAUAUUUUUAGACUCUGUGCUGCGGCGACGCCGGGAACGGACGGCUUUCAUUUUACCGGGACGUCUGUUUCUUCUAUUCCUGUAUGGCUCUCCUCGGCGACGAUGGUCGGGGCUAUGAGCUAGCUCGAAAGCUCGAAACGCUUGGGGUAUGGCGGACUUGGCUCGGAGAUUUCAGUUACUCUAUCUUUGUGCCUUUUCUCUCUUCGACUUCCACAUGGGAUACAUUCAUGCGAACCGACGAUUCAAAAUCUAGGGCUCAGAUCCAGCUACAACUUAGGGCUCGGGCUCUUCUUUUCGACAAAGCUAGCGUCUCCCUCUUCCUCCGUUCCACUCCCUCGCCUUCUUCACCUUCUUAUUCUACUGGAAAUUCGUUAUCGUCCUCUUCUCUGGCUAUUUCGAAGCUCAAUCCUAAUUACUUGCAGCUUCACGGUGAUGAUGUAUAUUUUACACUAGAAAAUUCUUCAAAAGAUGGGGUUCAACAGCGGGAGGGUCAUGUUUCCUCCAAUAAGGCUUCCGGCAAGAUUCAGCCAAAAGCAGCUUCAAGUGCUGGGCCAAGAUCUAGAGAAUCUGACAUUGGUGAUUCAUCCCAAAGAUUGAAAAAUGAACUUCCUGAAGCAUGGUACAGUCAGUUCAUUGAGAAGUAUAGAGUUAAACAGCCAUAUCGUUUGUCACAUGGGAACAAUGUUGCAGACAAAAGAACAUCCGAGGAAAUGUCUUCUUACCUUAGAUUACUUGAGAAACAUAAGAAAAGGCGUACGGUCUUUAAAGACGAUCUACUGACAAAUUUUGGAAAUUCUGUCUCAGCAAAUGCCUCCAGUUCUGUUUUCGAUUUCAGUAAUUCAGUUGAAGAUGAUGCUAAUUUUUUCCCAGAAAUCAUGUUUACUUUUAACUGUGUGCCGGAGAGUGCACUUCCACCGCCUGAUGAUAUGAAAGACAAUAGGAAACCGGAAAUUUCUGGAGUCAUUGACACUUUGCCUCAACCUAUUACUAGGAAUUCGGCCAUGAUGGAGAGGCUUGGUGUGAAGCCUGAUUAUGUUAGCACAGAACGGGGUGUUAAUGUACACCGUGCAAAAAGUGGAUCAGGAGGGAACAGGAAAAGUCUUGGUCAAGAGCAAUCUUUUCAGAUGUCUCAGAAAGUAGUAGCUCGAAUGUUGAUGAGUUUAGGGUUUGAGGGUGCCACAGAAGUUCCAUUGGAGGUUUUCUCCCAGUUUUUGAGCUGUCAUAUCUGUAAACUUGGUAGCACUUUGAGAGUACUGGCUGAUAGUUACAGAAAGCAGUGUUCGGCUGUGGAUUUACUCAGGAUGUUCCUUAAAACAAUGGGAUAUAGUAAUUUUGGACCCUUGGCGGACAUUGUCAAGGAUGGUUCCAGGAAUUAUGUACGGCAAUCCACGCACCAUGGAGUCCAGCCACAGUUGCAGGCGCAGCAUCAGACCCUUCUUCAAGUGCCUCAGCAAGUACCCAGACAAAUGCAUCCCCAGAUGCAGCAGAUGGUUCAUACACAAGCAUUUCAGCAACAGCAGCAGCAGCAAUUUGUGCUUGAAAAGAUGCGAAGACGGCAAGCUGCAACCCCACGUGCUGUUAUGGAAGCAAACAAAGACAGACCACUACUUCAAGUCAAGGUUGAAAACACAGAAUUGCCAAUGGAUGGUAAUGCCUUAAAUGCUCUUAACAUCAGACAUCCACAGUUGCAGUUCCGCCAACAGCAAAUUGCAGCUAUGUCUAAUAUUCAUGCUUCACCGGGAAAUCAGUUCAGGCAAAUGCCUUCUAUGCAAAUGCCCCAAAUCCAGACACCGAAUACUAAUGUCGUUAGGGCUCCACCGGUGAAGGUUGAAGGCUUCCAAGAACUGAUGGGUGGGGAUUCUUCAUCUAAACAUGACUCGGAGGAAGCUAGAUUGACUUCCCCUUCAAGUAAAUAGUUUAGGAAGUUGCAAUUUAUUGUUAAAUCUGAUCCAUGUACAUGUGUCUCUCUCUCUCUCUCUCUCUGCGAACCACAAAUUUUACAAGGUUCAAAAAACUUGUGCACACCCAAUCCCAUUAUAUAUCCGAGAAGGCUUGAGCCACCCAAGUUGUGAUGGGGUUGGUAA